CUAGUGCAGACAAUGUUUGCCUAAUUCAUGAAUGGAUCAGACGUCGACGAGGAGGGUGUUGACGAUGGUAGACUAACACGUGCAAGAUCAAGUAGGAUCCCGUACGUGUUCAAGACCUUAGACGAGGGAGAAGAAAGACGGCUUCGUGUCGAAAGCAGAGCCCGUGCUCUCGCAGCAUCAAGAGCAGCAGCAAACGUUGCCGCUAGGGAACAUGCUGCAGCAGCAGCCAGGGCAGCAGCCAUGACUUCUGCAGCAGCAUCCUCCGCUGCACCUUCUGUUGCGUUCUCGUCUGGACCACUGUUUGGAAUGCCAACAGGGUCCGCGGGCACUUCCAGUUCAUCAGGUUCUAGACAGUCUACAAGUCAAAUGGCGGGCUCGCAGUUCAGCCCGUUGACUCCUCGCGAAAGGGAAAUGAGGGAGCUCCAACAGGUCGAAAGGAUCCGUGAACAAUUAGAGAAGGAACUGAAAGAAGCUACCGAUAGAGAAAAGGAGAUAAAGUAUAGAGCAGCCAGGCUUGAAACGUUAGAGUCUGACAAGGCUGACUUGGAGGGCUUAGAUGACUCAGGAAUGAAUGAGCCCAUGAAAGUAUUGAGGAACAACAUGCUGUCGCUGCAUGCGCAUGUGGACAGCAGGUUGGACUUCAUGCAAAGCACUUUGGACCAGAUCCUGGACAUCCUAACAAGGCCAGGAUUUAGGCCACCAGCACAAUCGUCGUUGCCGUUAUCGGCGAUGUCAGGCCCUUUUCCAGUUCAAGCUGAUGUGUCUGAGGCCUUAGAAGACUUAGAAGGCGAGUGGUCAAACAAGGACCCUCGCGAGUCUUGGGUGGCGCUAAAGAAGGGUCCUAGAGGGGAACAUUUCGUGGUGGAAGUCGAUGUAGGAGGCCGCAAAUGUGGUGCCUUCAUAGACAUAGGCUCCACGCGGAAUUACAUAAGCCACAACUGUUUGGAAAGGCUGCACCUACAGGACCGGGUACGGCACCUUAGUAGACCUGUAGCUUCUACUUUGGCCAAUAAGGAGCGCAUGAUUGUAACGAACUACAUCAAGGACGUAGUCUGUACCUUCUCCUAUGGAGGAGGCGAGCUUAACCAUAAGAUCUCAUUCUUGGUUAGCGACGACUUACCAAUCGAUAUGCUAUUAGGCAUGUACUACCUCGAAGUUGCUAAGCCCCAGUUUGACUGGGAUAAGAAGGUGCUCAAACACAAGUUGCCCGAUGGCCGAACUGUCAGAUUGACCAAGUUCAAGAUGGGCAGUCAACUUCAGAUGACUUCCGGGAAUCAUCCCGAAGCCAAUGGACAGGCCGAACAAAUGAAUAGAGUUGUACAACACUUGCUGAGGCAUUACAUCAAGCCCAACCAGGACGACUGGGAUGAGCAGUUACCUCUCAUCGCCAGCCUGUUCAACAAUGCUAUACAUAGCAGUACCGGCGUUAGUCCUAACCAGCUGCACUUAGGAUGGAAGCCUAGAUCAGCACUAGACUUCCUCCUACCUGAAAACCGACCUACUGCAACUCUAGGCACACUUGAAUACGGUGUGCAAUAUGAGAAGUUGCUGCAAGAGGCUGUUGAACAUAUGAAGAAGGCUCAGCAAACCAUGAUUGCUUCUGAGAAUCAACAUCGCAGACAAUCCACAUUUCAGGUAGGGGAACGUGUCUGGGUCAAGGCUAGUGAGUUAGGACAGGAGUUCGGAAUAUCUCGCAAACUAAUGCCUCAGUACUUUGGUCCCUGGGAGGUCUUGGAUGUAGUGGGAGAUGAGUUGGAUGGUCCCACAUAUGUCAUUCGUGUCCCUGGACACCUGCGCACUCACCCAGUCUUUCAUGCCUCAAAGCUUGCACCUUUCUCUGAGACUGAUCAAUUCCCUUCCAGGAGACCGAUGCUGCCGCCAACCAUGGAUGGACAAGUCGACAUCGACGACAUUGUGGAUCACAGGGAUAUGCCUGUUCAGAAGCCGCUGGGUAGAGGAAGACCUCUUAAACCCAGGAGAGAGUACCGGAUCAGAUUCAGGCAUCAUACGGAUCCGAAAGAAGAUCGGUGGUUUACCCGGGAGGAACUGAUGGAAACAACUCCUCAGGUGGUGGCAGAUUAUGAACGGAAGCUAAAAGGGAAGGCACCUGCGAAGUAACCAUCUCAGCGGACUUUCGAAGCUAAGGGGGAUGGAAUGUGAGGAAUGAGCCCUCAAGAAGGGGCCUUGCCAUGAUGUACAUGUUCUGGGCUAAGGCCCCAGCAAGCCUCGUGCCCGCCCUAAGUGAAGGCGGGCCAGCAAAUCAACAAUAGCCCUCUGU